AUGGACGGUUCAGAAUUAUUUCAGUUAUCAGAAACUAGAAUAAUAGUCGUAUUAGUUACACUUGUUGUGUUAUUCAGAGGUUUUGCCAUAUAUUUCCAAAGACGUAAUGUGACAGUUAGUUUAAAUGAUUCGAAAAAUGUUGCACUUGUUGUGUUUGGUGAUAUUGGACGUUCUCCGAGAAUGCAAUAUCACGCUUUGAGUUUUGCUAAAAUUGGCUGGACGGUUAAUUUCGUGGGUUAUGACGGUGCAUUGCCUUUUAAUUCUAUCACUAGUAAUCAAAAUAUUAAAAUUCAUUAUAUAUCACAUCCUUGGCAUCUGCCAGAUAAUAUACCAAAGAUAAUGUUUCUCUGUUUUGCGCCAAUAAAGAUUUACAUACAAAUUUUGCUUUUAUAUUGGACUCUUCUAUUCAGAAUAAAUAGACCUGAUUACAUUCUUGUUCAGAAUCCUCCAUCGAUACCCACAUUGAUGAUUGUUCAAACUGUAUGUUGGUUACUAUCAACGAACUUAAUUAUUGAUUGGCAUAAUUUUGGAUAUACAAUUUUAGGCCUAAGGUUUGGUCAUGAUAGUCUUUUUGUGAAGAUAGCAAAGCGGUACGAGCAACUUUUUGGUGAUCGAGCUCAUGCUCAUUUAACUGUCACUGGGGCUAUUCAUCGAGAGUUGAUGUUUAAAUGGGGAGUCAAAGGUUCUAUUACUACAUUGUAUGAUAAACCUCCAACACAUUUUAGAAGAUUAAAUCUUGAUGAAAUCCAUGAGAAGAUAGUUUCAGAACAAUCAAUUGGUUCUGAAUUUUUUCCGCCAUCAUCUACCAACAAUACUUUAUUAACAAUAAAAUCUACAGUUGACACUACUGCAAAAUAUCGACAAGAUCGACCGAUAUUAAUUGUCAGUAGUACAAGUUGGACUGCCGAUGAAGAUUUCUCAUUGUUAUUAAAUGGAGCACAGAGAUAUGAAGAAGUAGUAGAGAGACAUUCAUCACAACGUUCUGACAAAACUUUUCCGAGGUUACUGUUUGUAAUUACGGGAAAAGGUCCUUUAAAAGAAAAGUAUGAAAGAGAAAUCAGUAAAAUGACAACAAGACAUGUAAAAAUUAUUACCAUGUGGUUGGCAGCAGAGGAUUAUCCUUUAUUAUUAGGAUCGGCUGACUUGGGAAUUUGUCUACAUACAUCCUCAUCAGGCAUGGAUCUUCCUAUGAAGGUAGUAGACAUGUUUGGAUGUGGAUUGCCCGUAUGUGCUGUCGAUUUUAAAUGUCUUGGCGAGUUGGUGCAACAUGAUAAGAACGGGUUGAUAUUUAAGAGCGAAACCCAGCUGGCUGAACAAUUGAUCGAUUUGUUUACUAAUUAUCCAGCAAAUGCUUCAAAAAUUGAACAAAUGAGAAAUCAUAUAUCCAUAUUUCAACAAGAACGAUGGGAUACAAAUUGGAACAAGAAAGUUUUACCUUUAAUAAAUUCGUAA